AUGAGCCAAAGAGCUACUAGUUUCUCUACCCUCACUACUGGAGCAACGUCAUCACACCCUGGCGCCCCCGCAAGGGUAACGUCUUCUAUCCUCUUGACCGCGAGUGACGAUCUUGCUAGGCAGCGCGCUAUUCUCAAGGAACGUCUCGUUCUUGGUUUGCGCAUCCUGCACAAGCAUGGCUUCGAGUAUCACGUUUCCCCCAGGAUAACCGUCCGCGAUCCAGGCGACCCUAACACUUUCUGGGUUCACCCCAUUGGACUUGCCUUCAAACUGGUAACGUCAACCGAUCUCAUGCUGGUCGACAGAGAUGGCAACUAUCUUGGAGGCGGCGGCGAUCGCUGCAGGAAAAUCAACGUCACUGCGUGCAAAGUUGAUUACCCUGUCUUUACUGCUCGUCCUGACAUUACAACGAUUUGCCACAUCCACUCCACUCAUGGAAUGGCGUUCUCUGCUCUUGGGCGACAUCUGGACAUGCUCACUCAGGAAUCCGCCGUCUUUUUCGAAGAGCAUAACUUGUACGCUGGUAGUGGCGAACUAGUAAGUAAGUCACAAGAAGGUCGUGAAGUUGCCGAAGCUCUUGGGAAAGGGAAAGCGGUUAUUCAACACAAUCAUGGCCUCAUGACGGUCGGUACAACGAUCGACUCAGCCCUGGCAUGGGCUAUUGUACUCGACAAGGAGUGUCAGGUGCAGUUAUUGACUCUUUCUACUGGUCUUUCUACAGUCAAGAUCCCUCCUGAGGAUGCCGCUUUGUUGAGGAGUUUGGGUGGAACCGAGGAGGACGGUGUUAGAAAAGCUGCGAUUUACUUCCAAGAAGCUGAAGCGGAAUAUUUCAGCGAGUCUUACCGCAAAGGAUACCCCUAG